AUGAAAUGGAGGGCCGGAGUGGUUGUGAACUUGUUUACGCAAGGAGACAAGACUGACCCAGAAAACUACAGGGGGAUCACACUGUUGAACACAGUAGGAAAAGUGUUCUGUAAGCUGCUGAACGAUAGGAUAGUGGGAGUAUUGGAGAAGGAACAUAGCAUUAGUGAGGGCCAGGCAGGUUUCCGCAAGAAGAGGGGGUGCGUAGACCACGUGUUCACGGUAGGGAGAAUCAUCCAAGGUAGAAAGAGGGCGGGAAAGCCGACGUACUGCUUCUUCCUGGACGUGAAAAAGGCAUACGACACCGUGUGGAGAAAUGGGUUGUGGAAACAACUGUCCAAAUACGGGAUCAAGGGGAAAAUGUGGAGAGUGCUGAAGAAGAUGACAGAGUGUACGAAAAGCGCGGUCAUGUUCGCCGGAGAACUGUCUGCUUGCUUCGACAUUGAGCAGGGGGUCGCACAAGGUUGCACGCUGUCCCCUACAUUGUUCCAGGUAUUCAUCAACGAUCUGUUGGAAGUCGUAGAGGCAGUCCGGAAGGGAGUCAAAGUAGGGGACACGGAAUCCUCGGUGUCAGGAAUGCUGUUUGCGGAUGAUUUUGUGGUUAUGUCGGACACCCCUGAGGGACUGCAACUGCAAAUUGACGCGGCGAAG